AUGUCGUCGGAAUCCCCAACCGAUCGGGCUUCCCGCCGGACUCGAAUUCUGUCCAAUCACCUCACCACCUCCGACCUUCAGGUCGGCGGCAAUUCUCUCCAAUCCAACAUCUGCUUGAGCUACUCCCCUCCCGAGCUCCAUGAAAAGAUCGAAUUCGAGGUCAGGAAGAUGCGGGAGUUGCUCGACGUGCACAAUCUCCGGGACCGGGAUUGGCUGUUCGGGCUGAUGAUGCAGAGCAAACUGUUCAACCCGCAAGAGAAAGGAGGGAAGGUGUUCGUGAUGCCGGAUUUCAAUCACACCAAGGAGCAGCAGCGGGAGAUGACGAUGAAGAGGAUCGAGUAUUUGUUGGAGAGAGGUGUUUUCGACGGCUGGCUCACCACCAGAGGACCGGAAACGGAGAUGAGGAAAUUCGCCUUCAUGGAGACUCUCGGCAUUUUCGACCAGUCCCUCGCGAUCAAAAUCGGUGUCCACUUCUUCUUAUGGGGUGGUGCUAUUCAAUUCUUUGGUACAAAGCGUCACCAUGAUAAGUGGCUGAGGGACACUGAAACGUACAGAAUCAAGGGCUGCUUUGCCAUGACUGAGCUGGGACAUGGAAGUAAUGUUCGAGGAAUUGAAACUGUUGCAACUUAUGAUCCCAAAACAGAUGAGUUUGUGAUAACUACGCCUUGUGAAUCUGCUCAGAAGUAUUGGAUUGGUGGAGCUGCUAAUCAUGCAACGCACACAGUAGUGUUUUCACAGCUCAACAUAAAUGGAAGAAACCAAGGAGUUCAUGCAUUUAUAGUGCAGCUCAGAGAUUUCGAUGGGAACAUAUGCCCGAACAUCCGCAUUGCAGAUUGUGGUCACAAAAUUGGACUAAACGGAGUCGACAAUGGUCGAAUCUGGUUUGACAAUGUCCGAAUUCCUAGAGAGAAUCUUUUGAAUUCCGUUGCUGAUGUCACACCAGAUGGACAAUAUAAGAGUGCAAUACAAGACCCUGAUCAGAGAUUCGCAGCAUUCCUCGCCCCUCUGACAUCUGGUCGUGUAACUAUUUCUCUUUCUGCAAUUUACUCCGCACAGAUUGGUUUAGCAAUUGCCAUCAGAUAUGCACUCAGUAGGCGUGCUUUCUCGUUUGUACCUAAUGAACCAGAAGUCCUAUUGCUUGACUACCCAAGUCACCAAAGGAGGCUCUUGCCUCUUGUUGCCAAGACAUAUGCUAUGACCUGUGCUGGGAAUUACUUAAAGAAGAUGUACGUGAAGAGGACGCCCGAGUCAAAUAAAACCAUCCAUGUGGUUUCAAGUGGAUUCAAAGCUGUCUUGACCUGGCAUAAUAUGAGAACAUUACAAGAAUGCCGUGAAGCCUGUGGUGGACAAGGGUUGAAGACUGAGAAUCAAGUUGGACAUCUCAAGGGUGAAUAUGAUGUCCAGUCCACUUUCGAAGGGGAUAAUAAUGUGCUCAUGCAGCAGGUAAGCAAAGCACUCCUUGGAGAAUUUAUAGCCGCGAAGAAAAAGAAUAAGCCUUUCAAGGGUCUUGGGUUGGAGUACAUGAAUGAACAUUGGCCUGUCAUUCCAUCCCAACUCACAAGUGACAUCCUCAGAAGCAGUAAUUUCCAGAUUACUGCUCUCCGCUUGAGAGAGCGAGACCUUCUGAAUCGUUUCGCUGCGGAGAUGUCGCAACAUCAGUCGAAUGGAGUGAAUAAAGAGUAUGCCUUUGCGCUGGGUUAUCAACUCGCGGAGGACUUGGGGAGAGCUUUCUCCGACAGAAUCAUAUUCGAAACCUUCCUCAACGACGAGGGUACAGUAUCGACCGGUCCAAUGAAGGAUGCGGUGGGGAAAUUGAGAUCCUUGUACGCUUUGACGUGCAUGGAAGAAGAUGCUGCCUUCCUCCGAUACGGCUACUUAUCGACGGAGAAGGCAGCUGCUGUGAGGGCAGAGGUGGCGAAGCUUUGCAGCGAGCUGCGGCCCCAUGCGCUUGGAUUGGUCAGCUCAUUUGGCGUCCCCAGUGCAUUCCUCAGCCCAAUUGCUUUCAACUGGAUUGAUUCAAAUGCGUGGUCUUCCUCUUCGGCUUAA